AUACUGAUUGACUGAGUAAUGGACGCAACGCGUGAUUGUCAAAAACCCGGCUCGCGUGUGCACUAGAUGACAUCAUCGCGCGACGAUUUUAGAGUUCUGUAGAAAAAGUCAUUCAACUUUUAAACGUAGGCCUUAACCUUGGCCUCUAUUUAUUAUUUAAUCGUAUAACGCAAAUAAAAAUAGUAAAAUAGGCAAAAUAUAAACAAUAUGGGUGCGAAGGGUGUACAUGUACAUGGCAUACUGAACAACUAUGGAGCCAACACCAAAAACACGAAAAAAGACUGUGGUUUUAUACAUACGUUUGGGGGUCCUAAAUCCGGGUCCAUAAGCUCUCUUUUGGACGUAGUUGAAGGACAUACCCAUGCCCACCUCCUGUACCCAUACUUCUAUAUCGGCACUGUGAAUACCAUCUUGCUUUGUAUAGUAGAGCACAGCACAGUGGAUGUCAUUCCAGAUCAAGAGCAGAGCCCAACUGGGGAAGUACCUCCACCUUACAGAAAACCGCAGCCAAAUAACACUAGACCCUACUCAUACUUAUAAUCAUAGUUCCAGCCGGUGAGUAAGAUUGCCAGAACUCAACAAGAAGACUUCUCUGGAGUUGCAGGCGUGUCUGGAGCUACGGAGACUGCUUAGCAUCAGAAGGGCCCUAUGGUUGUUUGCCACUGACGUCAUAUGUUUUCUGUGGAAAAGCAAUCAUUACUGAAAACUGUUUUACACCCGUCAGGGUAUGAGAAAACAUAACAAAAUCAUCCGGUUAUAAUAAAAAGCGUGUUACUACGGAACCUACGGAACAGACCAAACGCAAAUACACUAUAAAAAUAAAUACACAUUCAUUAUCUAGCGAGACUUGGGUAUCUAUAUAAUUUUCGUUGAUCGUGUCUGUUGAUUCAGUUGAUAAUUCAGAACCGUGCAGAACUCACAUCUUCUAUUUUGUUUUAAGUGCAUUUAGUUACAAUUGGCUGCUAUUGAAAACGGGGUUUUAUCAUAGGUUCCUUUCCUUUCCUUCCUCCUCCUUUCCCCUGCUUUCCUUUUUUUUUCCUUUUCCGUUUGGUAAGCUCCCGAUAUUUCGGCACAGUUCCACACAUCUUCUUUGCGGAGUCUGACGUGUUGCGAGUUUCAAUUGUGGUUUACCCAAACGCUAACUGAAAUUAUAUAGUUACAAGAAGGAUUAUAUAGAUUAUUAUAUACCUAUUUCUGUGACGAGUUAAGUCUGUAAAAUUAAAGUGGUGAAAGUGCAAAGGUUGUUAUAAAAUUCACAAAAGAAUACACACAGAGAUAGCAAUGAGUACAGAACUCCCAGAAGUGCACACUUCGGUUCAUUUACUUGCUUCGCGACGUACUCGUAGAAACUCCACAGGAUGCAUAUCUUCUGACUUACCUCCGGCAUACAGCACACUUUACACAUCUACAAAUAACAUUGAAGAGACAGUUCCGAGAUAUGAUUCUGAAGGUGAAGUCCGACUUCUAUAUGACCACUUUGAAGACAAAACUACCCGCAUCGGAUUCUACCAAAAGGUGUUAGCCAUUAAAUUGCUGCAAAUGUUAAUCAUAAUUACUAUUAUGGGGAGCUUUUCGGCAAACAUAAUUGAUGUCAUCAGACUUAUGAAUAAAGGAAACAACCUCGAAAUUCUCUUUGUGAUAUCUAUUAUGAUAUAUAUGUUGAUGUACGGCGUGAUGGUCAUCUGCCAAAAAGUACUACCAAGAAAUCCGUUCCGAUACAUGUUCCUUGUGGCGUACCCUCUAAGUCUAUCAGUUUUCAUCAGCGUUUGGACGAUUUAUUGGCAUUUAUUAGCUCCGGCAAGUAUUUUACAAUUUAGUAUUUGCCAGAUUGUGUUAAAUAUAAAAAAAAGUCUUUAAUAUAUUUAUAUUCAUAUAUUUUGCUAAAUCAAUUACUUCUUUUUCAAUUUUAUGAACGUUUCUAAAAAGUUAUAAACAUUCCAACCAGUUACAAAGGUAUUCGUAGGAUCACUAACUUCUGUAAUUAUUAUUUUCUCUUUCCUAUUUUAGAUUCUCCUUUCGUGUAUUUACUACUGCGCUGUAAUCUUCGUCUUGCUGCUGUACAGUAUAUUCGCAUUGCAAACUGAGCUUCAAUUUGAUACCAAAUGUGCCAUUCUAGUCGCUCUUGGCACGCAGUCAGUCAUCCUUAACGCAAUGAAUUCCAAUAUAGAACUGCCUCAAGUGCACACUUUCAUUCAUUUACCUGCUGCUAGAAAUACUCGUAGUCGAAGAGACUCCAGAAGACACAUGCCUUCAGAGGCACCACCGGCAUAUAGCUCUCUCUACGCACCUACAAAUAACAUAGACGAGACAGCUUCGAGGUAUGCGUCUGAAGAUGAAGCAAGACUUUUAAUUAACGACAACUUUGAAGAUAAAACUGCCUACAUUGGAUUCAUUCAAAAGGUUUUGGCCGUAAAAUUGCUGCAAAUGUUCAUCAUAAAUGCUAUCAUGGUGGGCUUCUUGGCUAACCGAAUUGAUAUCAUCAGAUUUAUGGAUAGAGAGAACAACCUCGUAAUUAUCAUGGUGAUGUCGUACCUGGUAUUUAUGUUGAUCUUCGGGGUGAUGUUCGCCUGUCAAAAACUUCGACCAAGAAGUCCGUACCGAUACAUAUUCCUUGUGGCGUACCCUCUAAGUCUAUCAGUUUUCAUCAGCGCUUGGACGAUUUUUUGGCAUUUAUUAGCUCCGAUUAUCCUGGUGUGUAUCUACUACUGUGUUGUAUUCUUCGUCUUGCUGUUGUACAGUAUCUUCGCAUUGCAAACUAAGCUUCAGUUCGUUCCCAAAUAUAGCAUUAUAAUAGCUAUUGGCACCCAGAUAGUUAUGUACGCUGUCACCGUACCCUUCAUCGAUAUCAACGCUGUGCACGUCCUGUGUCCGACUAUCAUAAUGAUCUUUGAAUACAUAUACAUCUUGUACAACUUAAAGGCUAUGACAUCCUUAAGUUACUGGAGCAUCAUCACACCAGCUGACUUCGUCAAUGGCGCGAUAAAUUUACAUUUCGACUAUUUCAAUAUCUUAUCAAAACCUUUCACGGCUCAAGAAGAAUGAAUUAACCGGUUUUUGACGAGUUUAUAGAAAUGUUAAAAGUAGGCGCUCCAAAGGUUCUGCACAAUGUAAUUUAAGAUAAAUUCAUUGUGUCUCUAAAAACGCCUGUACCUAAGAAAUUCUUCAAGAUCUGAUGCGUCUCAAAACGUGUAAAAGGAUCUGGAGGAUGAUACGACGAAGGUGAAUGAAUGCAUUAGGUAUAUGGAUAUAUCUGACGACCUGUCUGGCCUAGUAGGAUGUGACCCUGCUUAUGAAGCUAAUGGUUCCAGGUUCAGAAUCAAAAUCAGAUUUUAAUUUACUAAAACAUGGUACAAAAAGUCAUGCAUAUUUGAGAAAAAGAACUACAUGUUUCGUCAGAAAGACAUGCAAAUAUAUAUUUCAAAAACUGGAAAAGGCAUUUAUUCGUGUAUUGAGCACGGAUAUUCGUUCCUGAGUCAUGAGUGUUUUCUAUGUAUUUAUGUAUAGUGGUUUGAGUAUUUACAACACAAGCCUUAUUGAGCUUUCUAUGAGACUUAGUCAAUGUGUGUAUAAAAUCAAAUUGGUUUUUGCUAUACGAAUACUUAUUGGCUUAUUUAAUUAAGAUUUAGUUAAAUUGCCUGCUUGCGAAAUGAUUUGUAAAAAUCACACUUUAGAAAAUAGUUACAAAAUUAUUUCUGAAUAUUUAAAUAUAUUUAAAUGAGGGCAUUUAGUAAAAUAAAUUUAUAAAAAUGU